CCCGCCAUCAUCAUCAUCAUGGUCGCCUCGUUCGCCUCGCUCCCUCUCGAGCUCGUCAGCCGGGUCGUCGAUAUGGUACACGUGCAAGACCGAGCCUGGACCGCGCUGGUCAUACACCGAGCGCGCCAGAGUGGAGCCGCGAACUACUUGGGCAGGCGCGGAGACGAUGUGCCCGCGGGCAAGUGGUCGUCUUGGUACGGUCGAGGUGUACUCGCACUCGCGCAGGUCGACAGACGGCUCCGUGCAGUCGCAGUGCCCCGACUUUACGAGAGCCUGCCCGCCAGAUCAACAAGGACCAACUACUACUACUUCCGCAUCGUCGGCCAACCUCUCGGGCAGCACGUCCGCCACCUCGACUGCAGCCUUUUCGACAAGGUCGAGCUCGCGUUUCCUGUCGCCUGCGCGCUCCAGGCCCUGCUCAACUUGACGUCGAUCGCGAGCGCCCUGGGUCGCGUCACUACGCUCGAGAUCCUGUCGGGCGACGCGCACGUCGUCGCGCACGCCCUGUCGCACGUCAACAAGCAUCUUCUCGGUCGUCUAGUGCUCGUGCCCACGGCGAGCCUCGUGCCCGUGCCAGGCGAGCCCGUCAUCGACUUCAAUGACUUCGAGGCGCUGGUCGAGGUCGAGCUCGGCGUCGCGUCGAGCCAGGACUGGCUGCGGCUGCAGGACAUUCUGCGCUUCCCGCAUCUGCGCAGCCUGUCGAUCAAGUGCGAGGACUAUCCCCACCGGGAGGCGUACGAGGACGUUGUCGUCUGGGCUCAUCACGUUGCGCCGUCCCUCGUCGUCCUCAAGCUCCACAACUGCGACCCGGCGGCCGACUACUUCCCCGCAGAUUGCCCGUCACCGCUCCUGCCGUACCUGCGCGUCCUGCGCCUCGACACCGAUCAAAUGCCCGAGCUCGACUGGCUGUCGCUCGACCGCCUGCCCGCCCUCGAGCGUUUCGACGCCAACGUCCUCGGGCGCCCUUAUCCGCACCCUCUGUCCGGCGCGGCGCCUUCCAAGCGCACGACACUGCGGUCCGUCCACGUCACGUACAACGACACGUCUCCGAUCCCGCUCGAGCCGGCGGAAAGGGCCGAGUGGGACAAGCUCGGCAUCCGCAUCUUUGAGCGCUGGACGCCGUCGUACGACGCCGCGCCCGAGACCUCGGGGCUGCCCAAGUACGAGCACGGCAGUCUCGAGGGGGCCGAGGAGGCCGUCGAGGCCGUCGCGCGGCUCUUUUCGUGGGCGACCGAGCGCGCACGGUGGCUCGCGCACGUCGGCGACAGCGGCGGCCUCGACGAGCUGUCCGAGGCGGCGUACCGCCUGAGGGAGCGGUUUGUCGUCGAGCACAUGUGA